CCUCCUUUAACCUUAAGGAGCCUGGCAGCCAAGCAACUGGCCCUCUUCAGACUCCAGCAGAGCCCCAGAAGCAGCUGAGCAUGGAAGGGCGCCUGGCUGGCGGGGUCGCGCCCCUCUUCUCUCUCUUCCUCCUCGUGGCCGCGCUCCUCCUCCUCGCGCGCUUGGGCUCCUGCGCGUGCCCGUGCCGCGACCCCGCGCUCUGUCAGCCCAUCUCCGGCGCCAGGGACUUCGAGGUCUUUGUGUUUGAUAUUGGUGGAUCAAACUGGAGGUUCUACAACUGGACACAUAUUACAACAGUGGCAACAUUUGGAAAGUAUGACCCUGAACUCAUGUGCUAUGCCCAUUCAAGAGGAGCCAGAGUGGUUUUAAAAGGAGAUGUAGCUGUGACGAAAAUUGUUGAUCCUGCCUUCAGAGCAGCUUGGAUAAAUCAGCAGGUGGAACUGGCCAAAAGGCAGUAUAUGGAUGGAAUCAAUAUAGACAUUGAGCAAGAAGUUGCUAAAUCUUCACCUGAAUACGAUGCAUUAACAGCUUUGGUUAAAGAAACAACAGAAGCUUUUCACAAAGCGAUUCCAGGUUCACAGGUAACCUUCGAUGUGGCUUGGUGUCCAGAUUGCAUAGACAAAAGAUGCUACAAUUACACUGGAAUUGCUGAGUCCUGUGAUUUUGUGUUUGUAAUGUCUUAUGAUGAACAGAGUCAAGUGUGGUCAGACUGUAUAGCAAGAGCCAAUGCUCCAUAUAAUCAAACUAUAGCUGGAUAUGAACAAUACAUUAGCAUGGGCAUUGAUCCACAGAAGAUUGUAAUGGGUGUUCCGUGGUAUGGCUAUGAUUAUACCUGUCUAAGCUUAUCCAAGGAUCACAUCUGUUCCAUUGCAAAAGUCCCUUUUCGGGGGGCUCCUUGUAGUGAUGCUGCAGGACGUCAAAUCCCCUAUAGGAUAAUAAUGUCUUGGGAAAAUUCUUCUCUUUCUGGGAUCCUGUGGAAUGAUGAAUACCAAGCCCCAUAUUUGGAAUACAAGGCUCCAAAUGGUGUUUUUCAUCAAGUGUGGUUUGAUGAUCCCAGGAGCAUUUCUCUGAAGGCAGCCUAUGUGACAGACCGAGGCUUAAGGGGUAUUGGUAUGUGGAAUGGAGAUUGUCUUGACUACUCAGGAGGCUAUGUAGCAGAAGAGCAAACAGAAGCAAUGUGGGAGGCCUUGACACCAGAGUGAUCUCAUUGAUAUGCUUGUACUUUGCCGUGGGUGGACUUUUCAGUUGUGUAGUAUUUUUUUUAAUUACAGUAUAUGUAAAUAAUUUUAAUGAAUUAUUGCCAACAAAAGAGCCUUUAGGCAACAUAAGAAAUAAAUGAACAAAAUCAAUAAACAGAUAAAUAAAAUCAGUCUAA